GUAGAAUUGACCAUCUUUACCGGAUAACCACGUUUCUCAAUCAGUGGCCAUACAGUACAGUACAGUAAUAUAAAUCAUCAUGAAGGAGAAGUUCACUACUAUAGACCUGUUUGCAGUGCUCAGGGAACUCAGGGAACGGUUACUGGGUAUGAGGGUGGCCAACGUGUAUGACAUUGAUCAGAAGACCUACCUCAUCAAGCUAGCCAAGACAGAUUUAAAGGUGAUGCUGUUGCUUGAGUCUGGAGUGCGUAUGCAUACCACUGAGUUUGAGUGGCCUAAACACAUGCAACCAUCUGGGUUCGCCAUGAAGUUGCGUAAACAUCUGCGUACCCGCCGACUCACAGCCCUGACCCAGCUGGGAGUGGACCGUGUGGUGGACAUGCAGUUUGGGUCCGACCAUGCCGCCUACCAUGUCAUUGUGGAGCUGUACGACAGGGGCAAUGUGAUUCUGACUGACCACGCCCACGUCAUCCUCUCCCUCCUUCGUACUCGUACUGACGCUGACUCUGACGUGAGGUUCGCUAAUCGAGAGGUAUUCUCCACGGAGACGGCCAAGAUGGAGCAACCACCACCCUCUCUGGACGGUGUGAAAGACAUAUUGUCAGCUGCUAAACCUGGCGACUCACUCAAGCAAGUACUUAAUCCACACUUUGUGUAUGGCUCUGCACUGCUCACUCACUGUAUAUUGGGAGCUGGGCUCAAAGACACACUCAAGAUUGGGGCAGGAGUGGACAUUGAGGAAGAUCUGCCCAAAGUGAUGGCUUCGCUGGAAGAAGCCGACCACCUGUUCAAGGCCAUCAGAGACCAGCCUGGAAAGGGCUACCUAGUCCAGAAGAGGGAGUUACUGCCUCAAGUGGACAGUGCCCCACCCAUCACCAGUGAUGAGGACCACCUCCUCACGAAUAUUGAGUUCCACCCACUGCUGUUCAGACAACACGAGUCUCUGCCUCACAAAGAACUGGACACAUUUGAUAGAGCUGUAGACGAAUUCUUCUCUUCAAAGAGUGGUCAAAAGCAAGACAUGAAAGCCAUUCAAGUGCAAAAGACAGCUGUCAAAAAGUUGGACAAUGUGCGUAGAGACCACCAGAAAAGAAUAGAUGCCCUACAGAAGAUGCAGAGUGAGAACGAGUACAAGGCGCAGCUGAUCGAGAUGAACCUUGACCUUGUUGAGAAGGCGUGUCUGGUGAUCCGCAGUGCCGUGGCUAAUGCCAUGGACUGGGGGGACAUUGAGUUGCUCGUUAAGGACUAUCAAGCUAGGGGCGAUCCCGUUGCCUCGGCGAUACAGGGACUCAAGCUCAACAGCAACGAGAUCACACUAUUGCUGAGAGACCCCUCUGAGGAGUGGGAUAGCGAGGGUGAUGAAGAAACUCAAGCUACUAAGCAAAAGCCAAAGAAGAAGGGUACAAAGGUCGACAUAGACCUGGGUUUGUCAGCGUAUGGAAAUGCUACUAGGAUGUAUGGGGGAAGGAAGCAGGCAGCAAAGAAAGAGCAGAAGACCAUCGAUGCCUCAGGGAAGGCGCUCAAGUCGGCCGAGAGAAAGACGAAACAAACUCUCAAAGAAGCAGCUGCUGUGGCCAAGAUCCUGAAGGCAAGGAAGGUGCACUGGUUUGAAAAGUUCUUCUGGUUCAUCAGCUCGGAGAACUAUCUGGUGAUAGGUGGGCGUGACCAGCAGCAGAACGAGCUCCUCGUCAAGAAGUACCUCAAGGAGGGUGAUCUGUAUGUACACGCUGACAUGCACGGUGCUACCAGUGUCAUUAUUAAGAACCCCUCAGGCGAUAUGGUAUCCCCCAAGACCCUCAACGAGGCUGGUCACAUGGCAGUGUGUUAUAGCAGUGCUUGGGAGGCUCGCAUCAUUAUCAGCGCUUGGUGGGUACAUCAUCACCAGGUGUCCAAGACAGCCCCAUCUGGAGAAUACCUCACUACUGGCAGCUUCAUGAUCAGAGGUAAGAAGAACUUCCUCCCUCCCUGUCAACUGGUGCUGGGGUUUGGAUUUCUGUUCAGAGUGGAUGACUCCUGUAUUGCCAACCACCUCCACGAGAGGAGAGUUAAGGCUGAGGAUGAACUCUCAAUGUUGAGUGAGGCUGUGAGUGAAGUCUCAGUGGAGGAGGAGGAGUUAUUGGAUGAGGAAGGCAGCAAAAACGGUGAUGAAGAUGAAGGAUCCAAAGAAGGACAAGAUGAAGGCUCUAAAGAAGGACAAGAUGAAGGCUCUAAAGAAGGACAAGAGGAUGAGAGUGAGGAGGAGGAUUUCCCCUGGCCAGACACCACCAUAGCAGUGGCACACAUAUCAGGAGGCAGGUACGAGCUCCAGCGUGGUGUAAGUGUGAGCUCCUCCCAUGUCAGUGAGUCAGACCGCCACCUCUCAAUGACAGACAGGCAAGACUCACAAGACCAGGAUGAUGCUAAGAGGCAUCAACAUGUGUCAGCCAAACAAAGAAGAGAGAUGAAGAAGCAGCGAGUAAAGAGCGAGCCCGUUACUCAAGCAGCUCCUGUGUCUAAACCUGCCCAAAAAUCAAAGUCCAAAGUUCAACAACCCCCUCAGCCAGAACCCCCGCAAUCAAAGAGAGGACAAAAGUCUAAGCAGAAGAAGAUACGAGAGAAGUACGGGGACCAAGAUGAGGUGGACAGGGAGGUGAUGAUGUCACUAUUGGCGUCGUCUCGAGAGGCAAAACCUCAGAAAGUCAAGAAGUCCAGCAAAGGGAAGAAGGCGAACAACGAACCUAACAACCCCAAACACAAGUAUCGUCAAAAGGACAAAGGUCACCCUCCAGUGGUUGAGCAGCCACACAGACAAACGGCACCGUUGCUACUGACAACUGAGGAGCGCCAACCCUCAAUGGCUUCCUCCCACGAUCCCUCUACUAGUAGUCAAGAUAUCAGUGAAACAUUAACUGGUGGUGACACCAUGUUACCUUCUACUAUUGAAAGUGCUCCUAGCAACCCAUCGCUAAGUGACAACGUUGAUACAUUAGCAGUCAAUCAAAAAACAACCGUUGAAACUAUUUCUGCACCUGAUGAUAGUAUGACAGCUAGGACAAUUGAACCAGUCUCUGACCAAGCAAUGGCCACACAACACAAUGACAGUGAAGCCAAUACCGAUGAUGUGGUAGCUGAUGAUGGAGUGGAUGAUGGAGUGGAGGGGGGUGGUCUGGAGGAGGGCGGGGCAGAGUCAGACGAAGAGGAGAAGAGAGCCAUCCUAGCAGAGGAGAACAUCUUAACACUGGAAGAGUCGGAGAAGGAGCAGCUGACUGACUUAGACGCUCUGACCGGCGCUCCAUUGCUUGAGGACGUCCUGAUCUACGCCAUUCCAGUCUGCGCUCCUUACCCAUCAUUACAGAACUAUAAGUAUAAAGUGAAGCUUGUACCAGGCACUAACAGACGUGGAAAAGCGGCCAAAACUGCAGUACACAGGUUCACCCAGUACAAAGAGUGCACUCAGAUUGAGAGAGACCUUCUGAAGAGUGUAAAGGAUAACGACCUCUCCCGCUACAUUCCCGGGAAGGUGAAGAUGACCCUACCACAGAGCACAGGCAAGAAACAGCACAGAUGAAACACAGGGCAAUGACAAUGACAAUGACAAUGUAUGUUUAUAUCACUCACACAUUAAUUUUGUAAAUUAAUAGUUUUAGUCUCUGAAUCUGCGUAUUUCUAUGUUUAUUUUUCUCUUGAAAGUUUG